AUGGAGUCCGAUGGCCGCAUGAAGGCCUACAAAUUCGUGGCAUACUCUGCCGUCACAUUCAGUGUUGUCGCUGUAUUGUCGGUUGUCGUAUCGCUACCAAUGGUCUACAACUAUGUCAGCCAAGUCAAAAGACAAAUGCAUCACGAAUUGUCGUUCUGCAAAGGCUCAGCCAAAGACAUCUAUGUUGAAGUAAACCAUAUGAAGAAUGCUCCAUCACCAGCCAACCGUACCGCUCGUCAAUCUGGUUACGGUGCUGAUGUCAACCCAGCUCCAAACCUAAGCUGCGACGGUUGUUGCUUGCCAGGCCAACCCGGUCCACAAGGUGCUCCAGGUAAACCAGGUCGUCCAGGUAAGCCAGGAGCUCCAGGAGCGCCAGGUGCUCCCGGAAAACCACCAACUGCUCCAUGUGAGCCAACCACCCCACCACCUUGCAAGCCAUGCCCACAAGGACCACCCGGCCCACCAGGUCCACCAGGAUCCCCAGGAGACCCAGGAGAGGCUGGUACCCCAGGCCGUCCAGGAUCCGACGCUUCCCCAGGAUCCCCAGGACCUCGUGGACCCCCUGGACCGCCAGGAGAAUCCGGACCAAUUGGCCCACCAGGAGAACCAGGAAUCCCAGCUCAAGGAGAACCACUCACUCCAGGAGAGCCAGGAGAACCAGGAGACCAAGGACCACCCGGACCACCAGGACCACCAGGAGCUCCAGGAGCUGAUGGACCACCAGGCCCAGCUGGACCACCAGGAGAACCAGGACCAGAUGGAGCCCCAGGAGCUGACGGACAACCAGGACCAGCUGGACCACCCGGUGGAGCCGGAACUGCUGGAGAAAAGGGUAUCUGUCCUAAAUACUGCGCCAUCGACGGCGGUGUCUUCUUUGAAGAUGGAACCAGACGUUAA